UGCGGUCUCCGGUCGGACAGUCCGCUCUGCGAAGCCACUGCGAUCGGUACUACGGACAUUGAGAGUCGCUCCUCAUCGGGGCACAUCCGAAAAAUUGUGUAUCUACCCAUAGCCCAAGUGUCAGUUUUAGGAAAAUAAACUAAUUGGAUGCAUUUCCCCUAAAAGUAAAUAAAUAAAAAAAAAUCUGCAAUGUCGGGGAAAUCCUCAGCUUGGCUGGCAAUUUUGCUGGCUUUGAUUUGCUUUAUUUGCAAUGCCAACUCUCGGAGCAUUCAGCAACCGGCAUCUGGAUCUCAAUGCGGUUAUCAGAGCUGCCACCCAACAAAACCCAACAUGCUGAACGUGCAUCUUGUGGCACACACCCACGAUGAUGUGGGCUGGCUGAAGACCGUGGACCAAUACUACUAUGGAAGCGAGACCAGGAUUCAGAAAGCUGGUGUACAAUACAUCAUCGACUCUGUGGUUGAGGCUUUGCUGAGAGACCCCGAGAAGCGAUUUAUUUACGUGGAAUCCGCCUUCUUCUUCAAGUGGUGGAAGGAGCAGACGCCCAAGGUCCAGGAUGCCGUCAAAAUGUUGGUCGAACAGGGACGACUGGAGUUUAUCGGUGGAGCUUGGAGCAUGAACGAUGAGGCAACCACCCAUUAUCAAAGUGUGAUUGAUCAGUUCGCCUGGGGAUUAAGACUUUUGAACGACACUUUCGGAGAAUGUGGCCGUCCUCGCGUUGGAUGGCAAAUCGAUCCCUUUGGCCACUCCAGGGAGAUGGCUUCCAUGUUUGCUCAGAUGGGCUUUGAUGGCAUGUUUUUCGGUCGCCUGGACUACCAGGAUAAGGACGAACGUUUGAUGACCAAAAACGCUGAAAUGAUCUGGCAUGGUUCGGCCAACUUGGGAGAACAAUCGGAUCUGUUCAGCGGAGCUCUCUACAACAACUACCAGGCCCCGGAUGGUUUCUGUUUCGACGUUCUCUGCAGUGAUACACCCAUUAUUGACGGCAAACACAGUCCCGAUAAUAAUGUCAAAGAGAAGGUUGAUGCCUUCUUUGAAUAUGUCACUAAAAUGGCCACCCGCUAUCGCACUCAAAACGUGAUCCUCACCAUGGGUGAAGAUUUCCACUACCAAAAUGCCGAUAUGUGGUAUAAGAAUCUGGACAAGUUGAUAAAGUAUGCCAAUGAGCGACAGGCUAAUGGCUCAAACAUAAACCUCCUGUACUCGACACCCUCGUGCUACUUGAAGUCCCUGCACGAUGCAGGAAUCACUUGGCCCACCAAGAGCGACGACUUCUUCCCCUAUGCUUCCGAUCCGCAUGCCUACUGGACUGGCUACUUCACGUCCCGGCCCACUCUUAAGCGAUUCGAGCGGGAUGGUAAUCACUUCCUGCAAGUCUGCAAGCAACUCAGCGCCCUGGCCCCCAAAAAGGCCAAUGAGUUUGACCCCCAUUUGAACUUUAUGCGCGAGACUCUGGGCAUAAUGCAGCACCACGAUGCCAUAACAGGAACGGAAAAGGAAAAAGUAGCCCUGGAUUAUGCAAAGCGUCUGAGUGUCAGCUUUAAGGCGUGCGAGGCCACCACCCGGAAUGUCCUUAACCAAUUGUCAGUGCCAGCCAGCCAGCAGCAGAGCGGCAAAUAUGUUUUGGAGUUCAAAAACUGCCCCCUGCUAAACAUUACCUCUUGUCCGGUUUCGGAGUCGAAUGACCGCUUCUCCUUGACUUUGUACAACCCACUGGGCCAUGUGGUUAGCGAGUACAUAAGGAUUCCAGUGAGUGGAUCAGAGUACAAAAUCAUAGACAACAAAGGCGUAGAGUUGGCCACCCAAGUGGUUCCAGUUCCUGGUACCGUCAACAAUAUCAAGCACCGAGCUUCCACAGCCAAAUACGAGCUUGUUUUCCGGGCCACCAAUAUUCCUGCGUUGGGCUAUAGGUCGUACUAUAUUGAAAAGUCUGAAAGUUCUCGAAAAACUCUGAAGCCACAAGCCACACCAAAGGCUACUUCCAGUGUUACAUUCAUCGGAAAUGAAAACAUUAAACUUGGAUUCGAUACGAAUGGUUUCCUCUCAGAGGUGACAGCUGAUGGUCUUACCCGACUGGUUACCCAGGACUUCUUGUUCUACGAAGGUGCUGUCGGCAACAAUGCCGAGUUCCUGAACCGAUCAUCUGGCGCCUACAUCUUCCGGCCCAACGAGAACAAGAUUGACUUCUCCUCCGAUCAUGUGGAAAUUGAGGUCUACAAGGGCGAUCUGGUUGAGGAAGUCCACCAGAAGUUCAAUGACUGGAUCAGCCAGGUGGUGCGAGUCUACAAAAAGGAUUCCUUUGCGGAGUUUGAGUGGUUGGUGGGACCUAUUCCCAUUGAUGACAAUAUCGGCAAGGAGGUUAUCACUCGUUUCAGCUCUGACAUUGAGUCCGAUGGUGUUUUCUACACGGAUUCUAAUGGUCGUGAAAUGAUUAAGCGAAAGCUGAACCAUCGCGAUACCUGGGAUGUGAAGAUCAACGAGGAAGUGGCUGGCAACUAUUAUCCCAUUACCACCAAAAUCGACUUGGAGGACGAUACAGCCCGUAUGGCCAUCCUGACCGAUAGAGCUCAGGGUGGCAGCUCCCUGAAGGAUGGUUCCCUGGAACUGAUGGUGCACCGUCGCCUUCUGCGCGAUGAUGCCUUCGGAGUCGGAGAGGCUCUGAAUGAAACGGAAUACGGGGAGGGUCUGAUUGCCCGCGGCAAGCACCAUCUCUUCUUCGGUCUGUCCAAGGAUCGUGAAGGCGUUUCCCUAAAAUCCCUUGAGCGACUGGUCCAGUUGGAGAAACUGCUGCCCACAUGGAAAUUCUUCAGCAACGUGGAGAACUACACGGCCGAGGAAUGGCGCACUUCCUUUACCAAUACUUUCUCUGGAGUUUCUUUGGUCCUGCCCAAGCCCGUGCAUCUGCUCACCCUGGAGCCGUGGCACGAGAACCAACUGCUGGUCCGUUUCGAGCACUUCCUGGAGAAUGGCGAGGAUGCGAUGUACUCCAAGCCCGUUCAGUUCAAUGUGAAGAAUGUUCUGAGUUCCUUCAAUGUGGAGAGCAUGCGGGAGACUACCCUGGAUGGAAAUGCCUGGUUGGACGAGACCCAGCGCCUUCAAUUUGCCCCCGACUCCGAGGCCGCUGCCUUCAACACCUAUGGCACAUUCCCGCAGGAAGCCGAUUCGGUUCAGCUACUGAGGGCCGAUAAACCAUUACUGGAGGUUAAAUACUCAGAUGAAGCCCUGCCAGCCGGACAAUUGGGAGCCGAGAGCAAUCGCAUUAAGCGUGAAAUUAAUCCUUCCUUAUACAAUAUGUACGAUGCCCGUAAAUCCAAGUUAUCCGAUGAGGAUAUAGACAUGUCCCUCUACGCUGACAGCGAUAGCAAGGAUUAUAUUGUCGAGCUGAGUCCCAUGGAGAUCCGUACAUUUAUUGUAUAUUUAUCAGAAGCUUAAGGUUGCCGAACAAAUAGCAAUUUUUUAAAGAAUAAAUUUUUAAUAUUAAAGUGUA